UCCUGAAGAAGAGAGCUGAUUGGCCCAGCCUGGGACAGAUGUCAACUUGGACCAAUUAGCUGUGGCUGCGGGUGCGAGUCCUCUUUCAUCGUCCCAAGUCCCCGCUCCCCAGCCCCCUGGAUGAGUGACACCUGGGUCUGCCAUGGAAGCUGGCCCUGCCCUGGCCUGGCUCCUGCUCCUGAGUCUGCUGGCUGAUUGUCUGAAAGCCACUCAGUCCCGAGACUUCACCGUGAAAGACAUUGUCUACCUCCACCCUUCAACCACACCAUACCCUGGUGGAUUCAAGUGUUUCACCUGUGAAAAGGCAGCAGACAAUUAUGAGUGCAACCGAUGGGCGCCAGACAUCUACUGUCCUCGAGAGACUAGAUACUGCUACACUCAGCACACGAUGGAAGUCACAGGAAACAGCAUCUCUGUCACCAAACGCUGUGUUCCCCUGGAAGACUGCUUGUCCACUGGCUGCAGAGACUCCGAGCAUGAAGGCCACAAGGUCUGCACUUCCUGUUGUGAAGGAAAUAUCUGCAACUUGCCACUCCCCCGAAAUGAAACCGAUGCCACAUUUGCCACGACGUCACCCAUAAAUCAGACAAACGGGCAUCCGCACUGCGUGUCAGUGAUAGUGUCCUGCUUGUGGGUGUGGUUGGGACUCACGUUAUAGCAAUUCAGAGGCACCAGGUGUCAUAGCGAUCCACGAGGCUCUCGAUGGUCCAUAGUCAUGCAUGAGUCGUUGGCCCGACCAUUGCCACACACGCGAAACCACAACACUCAUGGUGUCUUCACGGCCAAGCACGACCACUCCCCAUGAGGAACGAGCAUUACUUCAUUGUAGUCAUUUCAAGCAUCCAAGCAGGCUGCCCCCAAAACAGACCUGAGUCCUAUACCAUAAACCUUUGUUUUCCCUCCAAGAAAUAGUUCUACAUUUACUGAGAUUUGGGGCUCUUAAUUCAGAAUACAUGCACAAGUCACAGGAGGUCUUGGGACCUUCAGAGAUGUUGGGUGGUAUGUUAUAUGGACACAUAUAGAUCUGUGUUCUUCCAGAGAAAGGUACAGGUUUAAGUACAAUUAUGAAUUCAUUUAUAGCUUUAGAGUUUCAAAACUGUGCUUCCCAAAUGAAUGGACUAUUUUCUUGGAGAUUCUGACCAAGUCCCUAGAAAAGUAGUAAGCAGUUUCAGUCGUCCUAAUAUUUAAUUGUCCCAAUAUUCUCCUCGUAACGAUGGGAAUAUUUCCUCUGCUCUGCAUGGGACAUAAAAAAGGCAAUCAUAAAAGUUGGUUGUAUUGGGGGAAGGGUGGCUGGAGAAGGAGUUUUCCCAACUUAAUGGAAUCAGCAUCGGUAAGGUGGCUGUUUGUCCCUUCAUGGUGUUGAUGAGACUGGCCUUGAUCCGGCAGCUGAUUGAGAUCCUGAAUUCUACUUGGACCAAUGGGUGUCCAAAGAACGUGAAAGCAGGAUGGGGUUAUUUCCUCUGGUCAUAGUGUCUAUUCAGGCAUAGCUAAUCCAGACGGAGGGUUUCAAAAUGAAAAGAAGGAGAUGGGUGGAGCUGAUGCUAGUUCAUUGUGAGGACCCACUAAGUGUCUCAGCCAAGUCUUUCUUCUGCCAUUUAUGCUGUCAAAGAGCCCUCUCUGCUCUUCCUCUUCCAAAUCCCCAGUGACUUCAGGGAGAAUCUCCUGCAUUAAGUUGUCUCCAGAUUAAUCGCGAAAGAAGACGUGAUAUCUUAGGAUAAGAAGCAGGUGGACCAGUGGGGUGAUGAGACUAGUAAAGAGAUCCAGUGAAAAGUUUUUAUUUCUUUUAGAUGCUUGCUUUCUUAUAUUUUUUGGCAUCCCAGGUUAUAAUUUUUUCUUCUUCCUUAUAAAUCAUUUAUACAAUAUUUAUUUUUGUAUGGCAUAACUAGAAACUAAAAUAUAUUGUAAAAGAUUCUUUAUUCUGAACAAGACGAUCAAAUUAGAAUACAUAUUUUUCAACAGUGGUAGAGCUUGUAAAAUAUGUUUGUUGAAAGUUAUCUAUAAUACUUGCACCAGUGUUGAAAAAAGUUAACUUAUGUUGUGAGCAAGAGUAAUGCACUGGCCUCAAGGUUCUUGCUCAUGGUUUCCUCAGUGGUGUUGUCCCAGAAGUAUUCAGGUGGUGACCGUCACUGGUUGAGUUUCUCUGCAGGGUUUUGGGGUGUAUUUGUGUGAACUUCGGAGGACUUGUUGCUGAUCAGGAGGACGCUGUUGUCAGGGUCCAUCUGCCUUGCACAGGCUCAUAAAAUGAGACCCCUUCAGGGACCAAAUAUGAACUGACAGCAGUAACUCUGAUACAAAAUAAUCUCAAUUGCAUCAAAUGGCCUUAAUUCAGAAUUUGGUAAGCUGAUCUAUAUGUUGCUUACAAUUGGAGUUGGGGAAGCAGAGGGAGAGAAAGCAAGACAUUUCUUGAGCACCUCUUAUGUGCCAGACGCUAAGCACUUUACAUAAGUUAGGUCCUUAAAUCCCUGCAAGAACCCUAUGAAUAGUGUUACUAGUAUUUACACAUUGCAGAUGAAGGUACUGAGGCUCUAAGAAGCUCAAUAACGUGAAGCCUUUCCUUCGGAUUUAGGUUAUAUGGGAUGAGGUGGGAUCAAACAGGAAGGGAAGUUGGAAUUCCAGGUCUGACAUUAUGGGAAUUUGUCCAUCUCAUCAUAUGGCAUUUCUUUAGUCCUGCUUCUACAGGAUGUCAUUUGUGGGUGUCCCCAGACCAUGUUUUCUCUUUGAGGGGUGGAGGUAUGGUUUCCUCAUUCAUUCCUUUUGCUAUCAGAGAGAAGACAGUUUGAUCCUACGUCUGAAGAUGCUAGAAGACAAUGAAAAUUUGAUGUUGUACAUAUCGGCAAAUACAUUUCUGUGCAUGGGUCACUCUCCACUGACACCUUCCAAAUACUGCAUGUGAUUAGAAGAAGAGAUAAAGUCCAAAUCUUGGUUCUUCAUGAGAAGCACCACUCCAAAGCCUCCCUGCCUGGUGUGCAGGGGACAGGUCCACAACGGUGCAGACUCACCUGCCACCCCGGGGGUCACUGCAAACUCCACACAGAUGUGGCUGCGUGCACCCCAUGUGCCUGUCAGAAUGGCUGGUGUUUCAUUCUCUUCAAAGAAAGUGAUUUGCUCACCAUCCCCAGCCUCAAGGAGCCAAGAAAGGGCCAUUCAUGUGGAAGGCCCAGGACUGGUCAUCCAUCUGACUUUUCUACCACAUUAAACUUUACACUAAGUCCUACCAUCGGUGAGGGCUUGAAGUGCAAAGAGCCACCAUGUGUAUAUUAGCCUAUGUGCCAUUUAUUUAUUUUGAGACGCCCCACCAUGUUCAUGCUGAUAUGGGAUUAAUGCCUAAAUUUUGUAAAUAUUGUAC